AUGGAGCAAAUGCAUCUUGAGAAUGAAAGAAGAAACCAGGAAAGAGAGCAUGAGUUGAAGAUGUUUAGUUUGUUGUUGGGAAACCAAACCACUCAAAACACUCAACCAAUAGGCAGUACAUCUAUAAUGUAUGCCCAACCAUAUGCUACAGUUCAACAACAGGUCUUUGGAAAUGGCUGUAACAGUAGUGAAACUCCAGGCUGCAGCUACAUUAAUCACAAUGAUGAUGAUGAAGAAAAAACAUAUUUCAAGUUAUAA